AAGCAAGACAGAAGAUAAAAUUGUUGACUCCUUUCUCUUGAUCGUUUCCACCUUCAACCUGCGGUACAGUACAUACAGUACUACAACACCAAAUGACAACAAUUACAGGCCGUCCAUCCUUGUUAUUGCUCGAUCCGGACGAAGACCCCGCCAAUACUAAAGUAGCCAUUAUCGGCCUCGAUGCGACCGGAUUAGCACUGGCUGGACAUUUUAUGCACCGAGGUUGUCAAGUAGCGGUGUACCAUCACCCAGACUCUGUCAGCGACCUCUCAAGCAGUAAAUCAACUUGUUCGAUCUACCAUUCCAUCGAUGAGUACGGAGGCUUUUACAUGUCGGGCGCAAUCGAAGCUUUCAACAAGCCAAACAUGUGCGAAUACCCUCACGAUGCCUGCUAUCGAACCCGAACGAUCUUCAUUACAAAAGCUGGUCAAACAAAGGAAACCGUUAGAAGACUUGGAAGAAUGCCCACCAGCAAGCAAUGCUUUUUGUUCGUGGAAGGCGGCUCUGACUGGAAAGAACUCGCAUCUGAGCUGCAGGGAUCUGCUGGCGUGUUCAACAUUCCAACGUCUCCAUACGCCUUCCCUAAAGUGCACAAAGAGUCGAGAUUGAGGGUUGAACUUCAAGGCAUUCUAGAUGGAGUCACUCUGGACGAAUUAGAGCAAUCAAAUGAGGAAGGCAACGCUCGAACCUUACUUGGCGUUAUAUUAUGGCCUUGGAGUCAUAGCCUCGGAUGGAUUACGGUUUGAAAGAUGAGAGGGCCACACAGAGGUGAGAGAUUUGAUGAUUGAGUUUGGGUUCAAGCCGGUCGAUAUGGUCCUGGGACGCGGCGUUCGAAUGAACUCCCUCCUCGUCUAUGUUGGCUCCUUGGGAACUAUCUCCUCGCGGAAGGAGCCUUGAGACUUCUUCAGAAUAGCUUCGAAGUCUUUAUCCGCGCAGGAGGGUAGUGACGAGGCUGAGCGGAACCGAAAGAGUGAUUGAGAUACUCUCGCGACUCGCAAACGCAAAGCACGCGGCCUACCGGCCAGUAGCCACGAACACUCCCGCUGUGUAGAAGGAGAAGGGCGAGCCCCAAGACUACAAAGACUUAUGAGAGAACUGGCUAGGAUAGCCUUAAAUAGAAUCAUUAUUGACCAGAUCUCAGGGAUCCCAGUGCUAAUAUGGGUCUGCGCGCAACUCCACAGAGAGCUCGCGUGGGAUACUAUGCCCGAAAACCGGUUUCGAGGGGGGUGGGGUAGGCGUCCCUCAGGGGACGAGUUCACUUGCCCGCUGCCUUUUAUGGAAGGUGUGCGGUGCGUCCCCUGACGUUCGGAAAUGCCAUGCUGAGACGACAAGUGCCGAAAAAUGGUUUGCUCGCUUGAGGUGGGAGACCGACCGGAGAAGAAACAAUGUCGACACGCGUAGCCAGGCUGAGUCUAAAGCCGGAUCACAGGGCGAUCCAUCUUUGCGCGGAAUUAGCUGUGACACGUCGUUAAGCGUAAAGGCCUUAAGAUGUCGUUCAAGGCGGUCACGACUAAUAGAUUCAAUGCUUUGAUGUGUCGCGAUAUGCUGUGUUGAAACUGAGACAGAUCGCCGUUCCUGGAACGUCUCAGGCUAG